CAAUUCUCAGCGCUGACUGAAGUGCUCUUCCACUUUCUAACGGAGCCCAAGGAGGUAGAAAGGUUUCUGACUCAGCUCUCGGACUUUGCCACCAUGAAUAAAAUCAGCUUGGGCCCCCUGAAGAACAUUGUCAAAAGUAUUCUUCUGGUACCAAACGGUGCCCUGAAGAGGAAUUUGUCUUCUGAACAAGUCAGAGCAGAUUUUAUUGCUCUAGGCCUCAGUGAAGAGAAGGCCAGUUAUUUUGCAGAACAGUGGAAGGUGAAUUCCCCCACCCUUACACGCCUGGCUGUUGGUCAGACGCUGAUGAUUAACCAGCUGAUAGAUAUGGAGUGGAAGUUUGGAGUGACUGCUGGGAGCAGCGAACUGGAAAAAGUGGGAAGUAUCUUCUUACAGCUGAAGCUGGUGAUUAAAAAAGGGAGCCAAACGGAGAACGUGUAUAUGGAGUUAACUUUGCCGCAGUUCUACAGUUUUCUGCAUGAAAUGGAACGGGUCAAAACCAGUCUGGAGAGCUUCAGCUGA